ACUAAAGUCCAAAUGAUUGUGGACAGUACAGGUCACGAAGAGCAUAGUGCAUAGAUUAUAAUUUAUAGAUAUUAAAUAACUAAUAUUAAUAAGUAUGGUCUGUUAUAAUUUUUAAUUUUAUAAGGUUUAAGGAGUUAAUUGUAUUAAUAAAUUAUUGAUUUUUCCCUCUUGUGUAAUUUAAACAUAAUUUUGUUUAGAUCAAACUAAUUUUCAAAUUAUUCAUCACCUACCUAUUCAUUAAUAUCUAUGAUUAUUUUUCUAUUUGUCCUUCAAUACAUUUCUACAAAUUGCAUUUUUUCACUACACUUCAUAUAGUGUAUCGAAAAAUGGCUUCAUAUUAUGAUGCAGUUUUUCGAAGAAAAAUAACAGAAUCUGCAAGCACAGAUGAACGAAAUAGACUUAAUGAAAACAAAAGAGGACGGUGGGAUCAACCAGAUAACCAGAAUAUUAAUUCUGAUGAUCAAUGGGAACGAAUAGUUGAACGAGCUAGAAAUCUUAGAAGUGACUCACAGUUUACUGACAUACAUGGAGAUAAACCUGCAUCCUUGAUAGACUUGCCUAUUGAUGCCAAUAUUUCUUCCAAUAAACCUCCUGUACCUGUCAGAACAUCUCCUUUGUGGAAUGAAAUUAUGCCUCAAUUCAACCCAUUCAAUUUAAUUAACCCAAUGAAUGUUAUGGAUUCUGCAAUGUUUAUUGGACAAUAUGGUGUUAUGGGUGGAAUGCUAACUCCUUCUUCAAUGAUUGUUAAUCAUACAACACCAAGAGUGCCAGAUUCCAAUGUCAUUCAGACAGACAAACGCAUCAUACAAUUAGAACUGUGUACACUAUACCCACCUCCUGCUAAUGCUCCUACGCCAACCUCUAGAGAAAGGCCACCAGGCUGUCGAACUGUAUUUGUUGGUGGAUUACCAGAUAGCAUUACUGAAGAAAUUAUGAAAUCAAUUUUUACUAAUUAUGGAGAAAUAUUGACAAUUCGUUUGAGUAAUAGAAAAUUUUGUCAUAUACGUUUUGAAAAUGAAUGCUCUGUUGAUCUUGCAUUAGAACUCUCAGGAUAUCGAUUAGUUAUGAAAGGACAAGAACUAGUAUCUGCAUCACGUUUACAUGUAGAUUAUGCUCAAGCCCGUGAUGAUCAGUAUGAAUGGGAAAUGAAAAAAAGACAUUUAAUGCGUGAAGAAAGGCGUUUACAACAAACUAGGUCAAAUCCACCUCCUUCUCCUCCUUUAAUACCACAUUUUACCGAAGCUAAAGCUUUAUCCGUUAGUGAAGAAAUUAAGGCUGAUUCAUCAUUUUUAAAUGCUGUACAAGUAGUCAUUACAUGGUUAGAACGAGGAGACUGUAACAAACGUAAUGUUAAUAUAUUUUAUUCAAUAAUUCAAUCAACCAAUUCCCAUGUACGACGUUUACUAUCAGAAAAAAACCAAUUUGAAGAAGAGCUGCAAAAUCUAAAAGACCUUACUAAACGUCGCAUGCAAGCAAUUUUAUUACAAUUCACCCAGAUCGAGAAAGUGUUUACUUCUGCAUCGCACAAGAAGGUUUGGGAUCAUUUCACAAAGGCGCAGCGAAAGAACAUUGAGACAUGGAAGAAGCAGGCAAUGGCUCUAUCCAAAUUGGGUAUUGAUGAUGAAGAUGAAAUGAUUGGUGGAGAUGAAAUGGAUUUAUCUGACGAUGAAAGCAAUUUAAAAAAGACAAAAACAAAAACUGAUCCCAUACAGUUACAGGACGAAAAUGAUCACCUCAAAUGUGAAUUAGAAGCUUAUAAAAAUGAAAUAGGAAUGAUGAAAGCUAGUUUACAAACAUCUGAUCAAAAAGAUAUUCAAAUAAAUUAUCUACAACAACAGUUAUUAUCUACUCGACAGGAGUUAAAUGUUCUAACUGAAAAAUGUUCUGAUGCUCAAAAGUCCAAAUCAAGUUCAAUUGAUAAUCAAUUAAUAUUAAACAAUAAAACACAAGAAACAAACAAUGGAUCAAAUCAAUUUUCCGAUCAUCAAAUAAAAUUACUUGGCCAUAUUGCAAUAUAUCUAAGUAUUCAUCCUUUUGGAACAAGUGUUGAAGGUGUUGUAAACUAUAUCAAAAAUAUUGAUAAAAACGUUACUUAUCAACAAAUAGAAAAUCUACUAGUCAUCAAUAAAAUAUUAUUUGAAAAUUUCAAACACGAUAAUACAUCUCUAUGGAAAUUAGUCAAUUUUAGUUAAUUAUGAUAUUAUAAGUACUUGAUUAUUUUUAUUUGUAAUAAUUUGCCGUUUUUACAUUUUACUAGUGUUUUACAUAGGUAAUUUGUAUGAAAAAAAUGCUUUAUAAUUUAUAAUAUAUUCUUUUAGUUAUUAUAGUUAAUUUCCUUCUUAAUUACGAUUAUUUUUUCAAUCUGAUUAUAAAAUUUUAUUUAUUAUAAAAACAUAAUACGACUAAUUUAUAUUGUUAUUUAACAUAAUAUUAUGCUAAUUAUUAUCUUUUUUUAUAUAUUGACAUUGUAAAAUUAAACUGUUUCCACUCAA